AUGGGGUUUCUUUUACAAAUCACAAGAUUCCUCACUGCUCCUCAAUCUUUAGUAGUCUUUACGGACAUAAAAUUAGUGACAGAGGUCGACUGUGGUGCAGUCUUGCAGCCUGACGCUGCAGAUCACAAAGCCUGUGGUGUGACCAGGACGUAUUCAUCCCUCGCAGUCUCUCUACUGCCUCUGCGAUCUGAACCAACGCAGAAUUUCAAUAACAUGAACAAAGAAACUCGUGGAUCAUACAGUGGUCAGCAGGGCGGUGCCAAGUCAGGACUGGGAGGAAAGGGAAGUUACUUGGAAAAUGGCUUAAGAUUUCUUUUUAAACCAAACUUCGUGAGACCGCCAGGUCUAGUGGGAGCUCCAGGUAUAGUGAGAGUACCAGGAGGUAUCUUAUAUGUCCCAGCCAGUGUCGUGAGUACACCUGCUGGUAUUAUGAGGCCACCGCCUGAUAUCAUGAGAGCAUCGAGUGGCUUAGGUGUCGAAAGUCUACAGAUCCGGCCAAUCAAGGCAUGGAGAGGACCGGGAGUAGGACAAGGACUAGGCGGCGUUGAGAAAGAUGGGGUCAUAACCCCAAGCAGGCCCUAUGACGUCGGGAAAAUCAACACAGUACCAGACUGGAUCGAGAGGCGACCGGGAAGUGUAGAGAAACUAGAUACCCUUGAGAUAAAACCAGGUGGCAGUCAGACAGAACCAAGCCACAUUGGGAGAGGCCAUGGCAGCAAGCCGCUAGGAUUAGAAUUCGGAUUCAACGGGAAGAAAAGCCGAAUGUCGUCACUGCGCGAACCACACCACGAGGCUUUUUUGUUUCUCUCGCUCUGCAUCAUGGCCUGGAUCAAGGUACCAGCAGGGCAUACCGUCACCGUAUGCUUCACCAUGGUGACGACCAUGGUGGUCUUGGUCCAGACAAUGGCGCAAAGCGAGAGGAAUAAGGAAGCCACUAAUUCUGCGUGCGCAUCAAGUAAAGAUACUCUUCACGACAGAAGACACUCUAGGCAUCGGGGAUUGCGACAAUCUCAUAUGAUCAGAACCAAAUCGAGCGUACUGCUCUUAAAGAAUCAUCAAACGACUAGAGAUGGGGCCCAUUUGGGUCGAUACCCAGCCAGCCUUCUGGUCAUGUGA